CGUCUGCAGAGGCCGAAAUGGUCUUGGCUGUAAUGACAGCUGGCACCUGUGACCCGCGCCACGCCAGGGGCCGGGGCCAAAGCCUGUGAUUUCUGGCCACCCCUACUUUACAGGGUCAUGUGGCUCAGACAUACAAUGGCUGCCAAGGCCAUCCAGGUACUAACUGUCACGGGGCCGCUCCGAGCCAGCAUGCUCUGACUCUGGGGCUUGUGUUCUUUUCUCUACACCUUGAUGGCCACCCUCUUAGACUUUUAAUCUGGGAAUUGUGACCUCUCAAGAACUGAGAAAAUGCUGCAGGGAGGUCGAGCUUCUCCAGUAACUGCCCAUUUUGUCAAAACCGGAAAGUUGGUUAGCACAAAGAGUUAACUAAGGCUCUGAGCACACUUGAAAUUUGCCAGGUUUUCCUCUGCUUGUUUUUCCAUGUUACACACACAGGUCUGUGACGGUCGGCCCCUGGUAUAUUCCUGUAACUGCCACCAACAGUCAAAACACACAGCCACCCUGCCGCUGCCAACAACUCUCCCACGGCACCCCUAGUCGCCCAGCCCCCUUCCCCUCACCCUCCUUGAAGCCACUUCUCUGGUCUCCUUUACGGUUUGUCAUUUCCAGAAUGUUGCGAAUGGAUCAUAGAGUACAUGCCCUUUGGAGACUGGCUUGUCCACUCGGCACAAUGCCCUUGGGACGCUUCCGGGCGGCGCAUGGCCCCUCUUUCGCGUGUGCCUCUGAGCAGCGUUCCAAUCCUGCCCCCUCCAGCCAUAGACUCCUUGAAUUUCUGUGUAACUCAUGCUAUAUUCGUAUUUUACAAAGAAAUGCUUGGUUUUUUUUAAUUGCAUUUUAAGGUAAAACCGUUUUAUUUACAUCUCCCCCCCUCCAAGGGCAUAUUGUCAAUGAACAAAAAAUUCACUGAACAUCUUUCACAUUUUUUCUUUAUUUUCGAAGUCGCUUAACACAGCGUUUAAAGAAAAGUCUGGAUUAAGCAGCCAGCGUGGCCUCUCCCGUUCUGCCCCGCGACCCGUCUUUCCCUGGUAGCCGGUGGCGGUGUGUUUCGCGUGCUGCCUUUUUCCUUUUCUCCACUUCAACUUAUUUUUCCAUGUGCCGUAAUUAUUCUAAUAGCUGUAUGCUUAGUCCAUUGAGUUGACUAAGUGGAAUUUUCUCCACCCUGCUGUCCACCUCGGGCUCCAGUGAGCAUCUGCAGGCGUGUGGCUUUUUCUCCCGAUGAACGACAGCUGUAAAAUCCGCGCUUAAGAGUGAAAUUACAGCACAAGAAGCAGGGCUGUUUUUUAUGGCCCUUUAAUGUGUGCCCCCAGGCCUCGCUUUGCAUCUCCAUCUUUCCAGGAUUUACUAAGCAAGCUGCCAGUGCUUUUUAUAGCCCUGAGGCCACGUGUGGAGAUGGAGCGAUUCACUUACACAAAGGUCGUGGGGUAAAGUGAAAUGACGCAUUCAGAGCCCCUCUCGCAGUACCUGGCACAGGAUUCUACUCUGAUACUUGAUGUUCCUCUGGGUGUGAUCUCAAGAAUUGAAAAAAUGGGAGGCGCAACGAGUAGAGGAGAGAACUCCUAUGGGCUAGAUAUUACCUGUAAAGACAUGAGGAACUUGAGGUUCGCGUUGAAGCAGGAAGGCCACAGCAGAAGGGACAUGUUUGAGAUCCUCACCAAAUACGCCUUUCCCCUGGCCCACAGUCUGCCAAUAUUUGCAUUUUUAAAUGAAGAAAAGUUUAACGUGGAUGGAUGGACAGUUUAUGACCCAGUUGAAGAAUACAGAAGGCAGGGCUUGCCCAACCACCACUGGAGAAUAACUUUCAUCAAUAAGCGCUAUGAGCUUUGCGACACGUACCCCGCGCUGCUGGUGGUCCCCUACCAGGCCUCGGAUGACGACCUCAAGAGAGUGGCUGCUUUCAGAUCCCGAAAUCGAAUUCCAGUGCUCUCGUGGAUUCACCCGGAAAACAAGACGGUCAUCGUGCGCUGCAGUCAGCCCCUCGUGGGGAUGAGUGGGAAACGAAAUAAAGAUGACGAGAAGUAUCUUGACGUCAUCAGGGAGACUAACAGACAAGUCUCUAAACUCACCAUCUAUGACGCAAGACCCAAUGUGAACGCGGUGGCCAACAAGGCAACAGGAGGAGGAUAUGAAAGUGAUGAUGCAUAUCAUAACGCCGAACUUUUCUUCUUAGACAUUCAUAACAUUCAUGUCAUGCGGGAAUCUUUAAAAAAAGUGAAAGACAUUGUUUACCCUAAUGUGGAAGAAUCUCACUGGUUGUCCAGUUUGGAGUCUACUCAUUGGUUAGAACACAUCAAGCUUGUGUUGACGGGUGCCAUUCAAGUAGCCGACAGAGUCUCUUCAGGGAAGAGCUCGGUGGUGGUGCACUGCAGCGACGGCUGGGACCGCACGGCCCAGCUGACGUCCCUGGCCAUGCUCAUGCUGGACAGCUUCUAUCGGAGUAUUGAAGGCUUUGAAAUCUUGGUACAGAAAGAAUGGAUAAGUUUUGGACAUAAAUUUGCAUCUAGAAUAGGUCACGGCGAUAAGAACCAUGCCGACGCUGACCGCUCCCCCAUUUUUCUCCAGUUUAUUGACUGUGUAUGGCAGAUGUCAAAGCAGUUCCCCACAGCGUUUGAAUUCAAUGAACGGUUUCUGAUCACAAUUCUGGAUCAUCUGUACAGUUGCCGGUUUGGUACUUUCUUGUACAACUGUGAGUCCACUCGAGUAAAGCAGAAUGUUCCAGAAAGAACCGUUUCCUUAUGGUCGCUGAUAAACAGCAACAAAGAAAAAUUCAAAAAUCCCUUCUAUACUAAAGAAAUCAAUCGAGUUUUAUAUCCAGUUGCCAGCAUGCGUCACUUGGAGCUCUGGGUGAAUUACUACAUUAGAUGGAAUCCCAGAAUCAAGCAACAGCAGCCCAACCCUGUGGAGCAGCGCUAUGUGGAGCUCCUGGCCCUGCGAGACGAGUACCUGAGGCGGCUGGAGGAACUGCAGCUGGCCAACUCCACCAGGCUCCCCGAACCCCCCACAUCGCCUUCCAGUCCUUCCCAAAUGAUGCCCCAUGUGCAGACCCACUUCUGAGAGGGGCCUGGCCCAGCGAGGAGCUGGGUGUCCAGUGAGGCAGGCACCUGCAUUUGGCCCUGUGCACAGAGUAGAUGACCUGACUGGCCUCCAUGUAGAACUUGAACUAACAUGCUCUUAAACUCUUGAAUAUGUGCCUUCUAGAAUACAUAUUACAAGAAAACGGCCGUGUCUGCAUGGCUGUCAGAAGACAGGAGCCAAGAUGGGGUUUUAGAAAAUCCUGACACGUUUCAAAGGCAGUUUUUUGAAAAACAAAAGUUCAAAUUUCAUUUACCUCUUUAGAAAUAUGAGGUAUGCAGUGUGUGGUUUGUGGGCUGAAUUGGCAUGAUGUUAUUUUAAACGAACGGGGCAAAAUCUGUGUUUGUGAAAUGGAUUUUCCUCAAGCUGCUCCUAAUAGUUGCUUUGCAUUGAUAGAAAGUGAAGCCUGAUGUGAAAGACCUGUUGACUCUGCCAAAACCAAACUGCGCCCAGCUUCCCAGGCAUUCUCCAAAGCAAGGUGUCGAAGCAAUCGCCAAGCUUGUCACUACCUUAAAUCUAAAAUAAGCGACUGAAAGAGAAAGGGCUGUGCAGACGAGCUUUCCAUUGUUGUGAGAAUUUCGAUUAUGAAGUAUUGUCCCUUAUUUUCAAGAGAAGCAUAUUUUUAUAUUAAAAAAAAAAAAAAGAUGGGGCCCAGUUAAAUAGGAUUUGGCUUUCUUUUAACUUCGCCAGUUGCAUUUUCUUAGUGCUUCCCCUGCCACCAUAGUCCUGGUGGGGGUCGCCCCUCGUGCAGCACCAGCCUGUGUCAGGCGCAUCAGGCAACAUUCUCUGCACAGGUGACAUCCCCCCAAAUUGCUCUGGUCAAAGCAGCUUCUCUGCCGUGGAGGGCGGACCUGUAGGACGUGCGCUGUGGACCCAGCGUCUGGGCUGGAAACGAGCCCUAGGUGUCCGCUUGGGGAGCGUGUUCUUGGAAGUGUCGUGUUUUUUGCGUUUCACUCUAAGCGGUGUUGGGUGCCCCCUCCAGAUGUGCUUAAAAACUGGUUCUAUAAAUUUUUACUUGAAGUACCCGGCAGUUUGCUUUUUCAUGUUUUGUUGUUUGUUUGUUUGUUUGUUUUGUAGUAGUAAAUAAAACUCCAGAUGCACAGUUCUAUUUGAUAUCUGAACUAAUUCAUUUAGUAAGUAUAUUUGUAAAAGUUAAGGCUAGAGUUAAAACCACAUGUUUUACAAUGAUUUGUAAAGGACUAUUUAUAGUUAAUAUGGUUAUGUUUUCAAUGAAUUAAGAGAGAUUAAAUAUAUCUUUGUAAAUUAUUUUAUGUCAUAGCUUAAAUGACCUACCAAAUAAGACAUCUCAAAUAUAGUAGUAUAAUGUAUGAAUUUUGUAUGUAUAAGAAAUUUUAUUAGCUAUUCUCUUGCUUUUUGUAAACGCUGUAAAUAUUUCAUAAAUUAACAGUGUCACUCCAUAAGAAGAAAAAAGGCGAAUACUAAUAGUUUAAAGGAUUUUGUGAAAUGCCAUGAAAAAGUUUCCCUGGCAAUAAUGACUAAGACCUGCUGUAAUAAAUACCUGAACUAAACACAGCACUCUCUUCCCAGGGUGUGGCUGCGUCUGUCUCACAUGCAUGACGCCAUCUUACCUUUCCUAGGUUGACUUCCUGUGCUCUCUCUCUCCCCAGCAUGCUGGUAGGUGUCCGAAUGCGCCGAUGAUGACGUGCAGUGACAUGCAGGGCAGAAUUUACCAGUCCCAACUGUCUUUAUUAAAAAAG